CGGACUACAUUUCCCACAAUGCACCGAGGAGCGGGCUGGGACUGGCCAAGCGGCUGAAACCGGGCCUCCGCCACCAGAGGCCGGUGAAAGCUGUCUUCCUGCGCCGGUGGCCGGUUAAGGGUCGGACAGGAGAGAUCGGUUCCUCCGCUGUGGCCAUGUCUGUAUCCUCCAGGGGCGGUAGCCCCACGAAGUUGCACCCUCAGCCCAGGCACGGCUGGACAUUCAUAGCCCCCCAGGGGUCUGGCAGAGGGCAGUGACUGGCACUCUCGGUAGGUCCUGUGUUCCCCCAAGAAACAGGACAGCCCAAAAGAUGGCUGCUGACAUGCAGAGGAAGAGAAGCAGCGAAUGCCCUGAUGGCAUAUUGGCUCCUUCCGAUGGCCAAAGUGUAGAGAGAGCUGAGAGCCCCACGCCAGGACUGACCCAGGGAACAGAGCCAGGUGCGGGGCAGGAGGGUGCCAUGUUUGUUCAUGCACGUUCCUACGAAGACCUGACAGAGUCAGAAGACAGGGAAGCUUCUGGGGACAGCCCCAAAGAGUAUGCUGGAAGUCCCCCCCCACUACCUACAGACAUGCGCCAGAUCAGCCAGGACUUCAGCGAGCUAAGCACCCAGCUGACAGGUGUGGCCCGUGACCUGCAGGAGGAAAUGCUGCCAGGAAGCUCUGAAGACUGGCUGGAGCCCCAGGGGGCAGCUGGACGACCAGCCACAGAGCCUUCUCAGGAAGGCUCAACUGAUGGGGAGGAGGAGGACGCUACGGAGGCAUGGCGCCUCCACCAGAAGCAUGUGUUUGUACUGAGUGAGGCAGGGAAGCCUGUGUAUUCUCGCUAUGGGUCUGAGGAAGCACUUUCCAGCACUAUGGGUGUCAUGGUUGCCCUGGUAUCCUUCUUGGAGGCAGACAAGAAUGCCAUCCGCUCCAUCCAUGCAGAUGGCUACAAGGUAGUAUUCGUGCGCCGGAGCCCUCUGGUGCUGGUGGCGGUGGCCCGCACGCGGCAGUCGGCCCAGGAGCUGGCCCAGGAGCUACUGUACAUCUACUACCAGAUCCUGAGCCUCCUCACUGGCGCGCAGUUAAGCCACAUCUUCCAGCAGAAGCAGAACUACGACCUGCGGCGCCUGCUCUCAGGCUCGGAGCGGAUCACCGAUAACCUGCUGCAGCUAAUGGCUCGAGACCCCAGUUUCCUGAUGGGCGCAGCGCGGUGCUUGCCCUUGGCAGCGGCAGUGCGGGACACGGUGAGUGCCAGCCUGCAGCAGGCACGUGCUCGCAGCCUGGUCUUUUCCAUUCUGCUGGCCCGCAACCAGCUGGUGGCGCUGGUACGCCGCAAGGACCAAUUCCUGCAUCCCAUCGACCUGCACCUGCUUUUCAACCUCAUUAGUUCCUCCUCAUCCUUCCGUGAGGGCGAGGCGUGGACCCCCGUGUGCCUGCCAAAGUUCAAUGCAGCCGGCUUCUUCCACGCGCACAUCUCUUAUCUAGAACCUGACACCGACCUCUGCCUGCUGCUGGUGUCUACCGACCGUGAGGACUUCUUCGCAGUGUCGGACUGCCGCCGCCGCUUCCAGGAACGCCUUCGAAAGCGGGGAGCCCACUUGGCCCUGCGGGAGGCGCUGCGCACACCCUACUACAGCGUUGCCCAAGUGGGCAUCCCCGACCUUCGCCACUUCCUUUAUAAGUCCAAGAGCUCGGGACUCUUCACCAGUCCUGAGAUUGAGGCCCCGUACACCAGUGAAGAGGAGCAGGAGCGGCUGCUGGGCCUCUACCAGUACCUGCACAGCCGUGCUCACAACGCCUCUCGCCCACUCAAGACCAUCUACUAUACAGGCCCCAAUGAGAACCUCCUAGCCUGGGUGACAGGUGCCUUUGAGCUCUACAUGUGCUACAGCCCACUGGGAACCAAGGCAUCAGCUGUCAGUGCCAUCCAUAAGCUGAUGCGCUGGAUCCGUAAAGAGGAGGACCGGCUCUUCAUCCUCACACCCCUCACCUACUGAUGGACGUGGGAAGGCACACUGGGCGUGGGAAGCCAUGGGAGCCUCCAGGUGAGGCUGGCUUCUCCUGCCCAGCCAGCAGGCAGGGACUGUGGGUUGGUGCGUGCAUUAAAGUGCUUUGGGAAAGACA